UGUAUUUACUUGUGUGGAGUGAGUCCAGUUUGAUGACAGCGUGCAGUACUGAUGCUUGCUCAUCAUCGCGUGGGUUUAGGAAAGAGGACAGAGCUCUGAGCUGACAGAACGUGUUCUGAGCCCAGGCGUGUGGUCACUUUGCGCACCCGGUUGAAAGAUUACAGCCCCGGUGAAGAUGGACUGAGGGCCCGAACUGUUGCUGACAGCUGAUGGCGGGGGUCUACUGCUGUUUCCGAGGCACGGCAGGAGAUCAUAUUAUGGCUACGGGACUGCCAGACAUAAGACAGACUUCAGAGGCUGCAGAAUGCAGUGAAGAAUGUUCAGGGAAGAAGAAGUCAAAGUUUAAAACCUUCAAAAACUUUUUUGCCAAGAAGAAGAGGAAAGAUCCAGCAGUCCCUCGGGGAGAAAGCAGUCUCAAACCGUGCCAGUCGAGUAGCGAUGUUAACCUUCCGGAACCUGCCACAGCAUUGCCUGACUCCGAGGCAGGCUCUCAAAGUAGCAUUGGGAACAGAGCUGUGUCACAUGACAGCAUUUUCAUUCCGGAAGUUUCCAUCUCCAACUCUGCUCCGGUCAGAGUGAUGUCUCAGGAAAAUAUGCCUGGGAGGGUGAAAGCUUUGCAGCUGCAACUUCAACAGAACAUCCAUUUGGCUUCUCCGGGUAUGCUGAUUUCAGCGAAAAAAGCAGAUGACGCCGGAACUCUCUCAGAGGAUGAUGGUUUGCCCAGAAGCCCUCCAGAAAUAUCAUCUCUUCACGCCAUUCUCAGGUGCUCCACUCCAAAGUUUGCAGCCUCUGUGGAGCGACACAGCUCUUUGAGUUUAGGUGGAACAGGAAGUGAAGAUGAAGAGCAGAUAUCCUCAAAGCCUUCUUCCAGACCUCUGAGCCCCCUCUCACCACUGGUUCUCAUGACAACCAUCUCUGACUCACUUCCUGUUGACUUCAGCUCCCCAGCUAACCCUUUUGCCUGCCUGGAUAACUCUGCAGCAAAACACAAGAUUGCCGUUAAUCCUCGCAGACAGAAGUUCUUUGCCAAGCAGAAGAAGCCAACUAUGCGAGAAGAUUCAAAACUUCCCAAAUUUAUUUUGAUUGGGAGUAAAGAUGAAGGGGAUUCAAUCAUGUCCUCUGCCAGUGAUUUGCCAGAUGAAAAUAAAGAAGAAAUUGAUCUCUUGGCACAACACAAUGACUUAGAACAUGAAACAAAUGGAGAUGAGUUUGCGGAAACUGUUUCUAAGAGUUCCAAAAUACUUGAGGUUCCUCGUAGUCACAGUCCAGAGCCUGAAGACACAUCUGGAAAUGCUGUAGAUCAGAAUGGAGCUGUAUUGCAUACAACUGCAAGUCAACAGACACUUGAUCCAGAAGCACUCCUUCCCUCUGACGGUAUACCUGGUUCUGAGAAGCAUCCCAAUAUUCAAGGGUUGUUACCAGGACUGAUGCUAAUGCACGAUGAAGAUUUUAAAUCAACUUUUGAGAAGCCUUGUACGGAGAAGGAAGAAAAUGCUGUUUCUCCUCUUCCUGUGCUGCCAAUGGCCAUUACUGAAUCAGAAGAAUGUUCAGGGACAAUCAAUCCAGCCAAAGGUGAAGCUGCAUUUGAGAAUAUGGAGGAGGAUAUGCAACCUUUCAAUGCCGACACACCUCCAUCAGAAGAAAGGGCCUCAGUUGAAAUACAUACAGAGGAAAGUGAAGUACAAAAUGGUGUAAAUGCAGUACAAUCAGAACAUGGCUCAACUUCUGAACAAACAAAAGCCGAGAGUCCUGUUGUACCUCCUGAUGAUGCUUUUCAUUCAUUCAAAGAGACAAUUCAGGAAGAAAACAUCCUGACAGAUGAAAUGAGAACGGGAGAGACGGUUAUUACGAGCUUAUUAAAUAACAGGGCAGACCAUCAACUGGCUUCCAGUAAUGAAUUGACAGGCAAUAUUGGUUUUAUAUCAAAAGUUCCACUUGAAGAAUUAUUGAUUCAAUCUGAACCUUCUACUGCACAGUUACUUCAUGUUCAGGGACAGUCUGAACAUUCAAUACCUGACAUGCCAUUACAAAAAGAUAACAGGCUUGUGAAUCAAGGUUCAGUCAAAUUCUCAAUUGCUUCUGCCUGGCAGAGGUCCCUACUGGAGGCCAAAAGAAAGCACGAAGGUUUGAAUACAGAUUGUAGUCCUCUGAUGCCACCGAAACCUGAGCUUUGUGAGGAGAUUGUUAACGAAGUGUCAUCAAAUCAAGGUACAGGAAGUCCCCUGAAAUACCAACAGUUCAUUAAUCAGCCAUUGAAGAUGAAAUUUACUGGAACUAGACCAGCUUCUGCUGAGAAGCCAUGUCUCCAAAACAUUACAAAACCACAAGCGAAAAGUGAAUUAGAUGCCAAAGAAAACCCAUUUGGCGUCAAACUUAGGAGAACCUCACCUCUUCACAAAUAUUCAACUGAAAGUAACUCCGAACAUCUUAUAAUUGACAGCCAGCGAGCAGCGGGAGUACAGAUCUCCGUGGCUGAGGGCAUCGUUACUAAAGGCAACAGGCAGGCAGAGACUGCCACUGUAAAUGCAACUCAGAAAGGCAAUGACAACUUAUUCCUGGAGAGUCACAGGAAUAGAUACGCGCAGGGAAAAGCUGAUUCAGUGGAUGUCACAGCAGAGUUAGUGACACAGGAAAAAGACAAUGCUGGUCAAGACAAGAGUGAAAGAAAGGAUCGUCAAACCCAACUCGACUUUGGUAAAACUUCAGAGCGGAAACCACAACUUGUCAAAUGUGCUGCAACAGAAAGUGCAAGCUCUGGAGCCAGCUCCUCAGAGCCUGUGUGGGUCUCCAUGGCAAGACAGAAACAGAAAGGCUUUCAAUACUCAGGGAUACAGGACAGACCUCAGCCUUUGGAGGACAGAUUCUCAGUAUCGGCUGAUAUGAAAAAGGAAGCAACAAAGCCCCUGUGGGGAAAAGAUGGAAAUAAGAACUCCUUAUCCAGCUUUCAGAGCAAGGAAUUAAAAACCAAUGUGAAGGAAGAGGAUCAAUCCAACACAAAAACUCUCCUUGGACAUGGUUCACAAUUACAGCCAAAAGCACAAGCCUGUGGAAUGGGCUUAAGAGAGAAACGGCCAACGCCCAAUGUGAAGAUUGCUCCUCUGGUUACUGUACAGCCUCCAUGGCUGGCCAUUGCCAAGAAGAAAGCAAAGGCAUGGAGUGACAUGCCUCAGGCUGUCCAGUAGCACUUCAGCUCCAAAACAAAACAACAAGAGGAGAUUGCUCUUUAUAACAUUCCCGAGACCCCAACUGUGAUUGUCUUCAACAAUGAUACUGAGACUGCUGUGGUACGCGCCAUGGCAUUGUGUAGCAAUUUGUCCUGAAAAGUGGUGCAAUUGUGGAAGUAUCUUAUGGGCUGCUUGUUAAACUGCAUGUCCAAUAUUCAGUUCAACUGACUUCAAUAGAACUAAAUAUUUGAUUGUGUGUACAACUAGUACCAGUUUUGCAUCCACUCCCAAAUUAAGUUCCACCCUGAAAGAGCAUUCCAUUGGUGUACAUCUACCACUGUUCAGAUAUGUGUAUUAAACUGCUUUAAAUAGGUUAAUGUUCGAGUGAAAGGACCCAAAAAAUGACACGCUCAGCUAAUGUCAGUAAACGUAGAGUCCAAGCUAAUAAAGCUGGUAGCUCUGUUUGUUCAUUUUGAUUUCUAAACUGCUCCUUUACUCCCCAAAUUAUCUUGUAACUAUCUCUCUCAGUGACCACUUACAUCGUUGAUUUGAAUGGGUGGGUAUCACCAUUGAUGUGUUUUGCAAUGGCAGGCUUCAGGAGUGAACUGUAAGCUCAGCAUAAAUGCCUGCAGUUCCAAGCCCAACUGUCCUGCUGGGUACUUCAACAAUUUGGAACAAGAUGCAAUCUAUUAACAGAUGAGGAAGCUGACUACAGGCUCAAUGAUUUGGAUUUAUUCAUCUGCUCCUGUGACUUGGGUUCAAAUCAAGGCCAAAUUGACAUGAAGAAUGUUUCCUCUGUCUCCCGUAAAAUGCUCUUAAACAAUGUAAGUUAGACUGAAUUGUUUUGUUUCUCGGCAUGGGAUAAAGUAAGGACUUACCCCUUUUCAAAGCAUAUGGGCAUCAUUGGAAAGGCCAGCUUUUAUUGACCAUGACAUGCUGGUAAUGAGCUAUCGUCUUAAGCUAUUGAAGUCUAUACAGUAUAUGUACUGCUCACAGUGCUUUUUUUCCCUCUUUGGAGCAGUUUGGUACAACUGAGUAGCUUGUUAUUCUACUUCAGAGGGCAGUUAAAUGUCAACCGCAGACAAAAACAGACGUGGCUGGAAAAACUCAUUAGGUCUGGCAGCAUCUGUGAAGAGAAAUCAAAGCUAGUGUUCCAGGUCUGGUGAUCUUUCCUCAGAACGCCUUCCUGAGUUCUGAAGAAGGGUCACCAGACCCGAAACAUUAACUCUGAUUUUCACAGAUGAUGCCAUACCGGCUGAACUUUUCCAGAAACUUCUGUUUUUAUUUCUGAUUUACAGCAUCCGCUGUUCUUUUGGUUUUCAUUUAAAUAUCAACCAUGUUGCUAUAGGUAUGGAGUUAUGCGUAGGGCUUGAUAAGUAGGGCAGAUUGAAGAACUUUUGUGAACCAGAUUGUUUAGCGUUUAGAGUUUCACGGAUCAUUAGUAAUGAGAUUAACAUUUUAUUCUAGUUUUAUUACUUAUUUUUAAAUUCGUCAAGCAGCUGCUGUGGGAUUUAAAUUCAUAUCUCCAAAAGGAUAGUCCAACCUUUCAAUUACAUAACUUAGUAAAAAACAGCUUUUCCAAUAUAACUCCAAAAGUUAGACAUUGAGAAAGGUAUUUGUAGGGAAUGAGAGAACAAUUACACAAUCUUUAAAUAUUUGAAUUAGGUUUAGAAAGUGUGCAAACUAAUGGCAUAGAAAGAUGCCAAUCAACCCAUUGUAUCGGUACCAUCUGUUCACCAGAACAAUUUAAAAACCAUCCAAGUGCCUGAUACUUUACUAAUAGCCUUGUGUCUUUCUCUGCUUCAAACGUUUAUCUAAUUUUCCCUUAAAAUGACCAAUGGUCACUGGUUCAAUUAUUUCCUGAUUCAUUCCAUGUUCUAACAAGCAUUUGGAUUAAAACAUGAUUCUUCACCCCUUAUUUACCCGUUCUAUAACAGUUUAAAACUGAUUAUCAAUGCACUGCUGAAACCUCAUCCAGUAGAAAACCUCUUUCUCUAUUCACUAUCUCAAAAAGCUUUGUAAUAUUUGGAGAGCCCAGAGGUUCAAUGUUUUGAAAGCACAUUGAAUUUAAAUUCAACAAAGUCACUGACAGGCAGCUUUUAGCAGGGAACUUGACUUAGGCCCUUGAUUCACAUUCACAUUGCCAUUUUAUAGCUAAUGUACAUCCAAAAUUGUUUCAUGCUGAGACUCAACUCAGCAAUUAAGUUAGCAAAAAAUGGGUCAUACGCGACUUUGGGGUGCCCAAGAUGUAAAGUGCUUCAGUCCCAGCACCUUCACCCUUUUCCUUGUUAAACAUAUAUCAAAAAGAAACUAAAAAUUGAUAAACUGCAGGAAUUAUGACCUCAAACAUGUUCUGAUAAAGGUGCAACUGAAGUUUGAAACAUUUCCAUUUGUCUUGCUGAAUGUUUUAAGAGUUGGUAACAAAGGAAAUUAUGACUAUUGCUACAUUCUGUACCAUGAGCUGCAUUUAACUCUGCAGUUGUGAAUCUUCUUAAUGCAGUCAAUCUAUCGUUUACUUUAAAGAAUUUAUUAUCAGACCUAUACAAAGACUUAACAAUUCUGUUUUUGCAUUGUAAAAUUGAGUGUUACAUUGUGUUAGAAUUGUGACAUUUCUGUCUGUUCUUUUAACAAUGUCUUUUUUUUUGUCUGCUUUCAAGAAGAAGUUUGAUAUAGUUCCCAGAGCUAAAUAGAUCAAAGGAUGUGGAGAGAAUGCAGGAACAGGGUACUGAGUUGGAUGAUCAGCCAUUUCUCAUUGAAUGGUGGAGCCAGAUUGCUAAACAGCCGACUUUUGAACCAAUUUUUGAUGUUUCUAUGUAUUGGGAAUGUAUAGGAGUUAUCUUUUAUGCAGAGGGUCAGGAAUAUUAAGAACAGUCAUUUGCUCAGCGUGCUCUGCCUUUCUGUUAGAGCAUGGCCAUGACCAUCUCAACCUAUUGACCUGCUUUUGCUCUAUGCCCAUUGAUAAUUCUACCCAGCAAACAUUCAUCAGGCUUAUUUUUGAGAGUUCCUACUGGCCCCAGUAUCCACAGUUAUUUUUGUGGGUCUUACUUGGGAUGACAAGAGCUGGUGCUGGAUGGGGUAGAACUCCAGAUUUUAACUGACCUUUGUGUGCUACAGUCCUUCCUGGUUUCUUUUCUGAAAAGCUUACGUUCCUUAUGUUCCCUUUUCCCUCGUUGUAGUGAAGAACGAGGUGUGUUAGAAUUUGCAUUGUGCUGAAACAGUACUGGAAACAGAAUCCACAUUAGCGUUGGAGAUGGAAAUGAAUAGUUUUUUGGAAAGAAAAGAUUUGAAGGCGGGAUGAGGAAAUGACAGGUCUCAGCAAUGAAAUGGAUAGCUCCAAGUGCUGACAAAAGGCAAAAUAGACAAAGGACCUCACUCAUUGUUAUUAAGUUCUAAGGUUUGAUUAAAGCAAAGAAAACCUUUUUACUUCUACGUCACCAAACUGGUUUUUAAAAAAUCAUUCAUGGGAUAUGGGUAUUCGCAGUAAGGCUGGAAUUUAUUGUCAUUCUUGGUUGGUUUGAGAAUGUGCUGGUGAACUAUCUUCUUAAACCACUGCAGGCUAUGUCAUGAAGAUAGUCAACAAUAACAUUAAGUAGGAAGUCCUAGGAUUUCGACCUAGUGACAGUGAAGUAGCCAUGUAUAUUUCCACGUCGGGUUGAUAAGUAAAUUUUGGGAUAACUUGCAGAUGGUAUUGUCCCUACUGUCUUUUUGUUUUAGGAGGUAAAGGCCAUGGGUUUGGAAUUAUUAUGAAAAAUCUUAGAAAUCACAGAAUUUCCAACACACGUGUCUUUCCUUGAUCCCUGGUCUUCUAUCCAAAUGCUUUCAGUUAGCUCUGUGGCUCCACCCACAAGAUUAAGCAAUCAAGCAAGUAUACAAGGAUCAGUUAUCAGACUAACAUUAACAAACUCAGACAAAUUACCAUUAAACACUACACUUCCAAGGAAGUAUUGGCAAGUUGGAUAGUUCGUCUUAUAGCUGGUACCCAUUGUCACCAGUAUGUGUCUGGGUUGAAGGAAGUGUACAUUUGUGCUAUCAAUCAGAUUGCUUGCAUUAACCUGGAUUGUGUAGAGAUUCUUGAAUGGUGUUGGAGCUGUACUCAUCCUGGCAUCAAAAUACAUUUCAAAGUACUGUUAGUUUUAUAAAUGUAUAAUAAUAAUAAUACAAAAGUUUUACAAAUUUACUUAUUUUAAGGUUGAACAAGUUACCCAUUAUAUCCUAAAAAACAUGGAAGGAUGAGAUCUUGAAUUAUGCAAGAUCUUGAAGGGAGUAGAUGGAGUGAACACCCAGAAGAUGCUUCAGCUUGCGAGGGAGACUAAAAUAGGGGUCAUAGGUAAAAGGUUUCUCUUUUAAGAGAGAGGUGAAGAGAAAUUCUUUCCUCUCACAGGAUUGUUAAAGUGUAGAAUUCUCUUACCUGGAAAGUAAUGGAGGUUCAGUCCUUAAACUUAUUCAAGGCUGAGUUCAAUUUUCUACAGACGAGGGCACCAGGGGUUACGGGGAGUGGGGCAAAGUGAAAAGCAGAGCUGAGACCACAAUCAGGCCAGCCAUGAUCAUAUUAAAUGGCACAGUAGGCUCGAAGGGCCAAGUGGCCUGCUCUUGUUCCUGGCCUCUAUAAAAUCUGACUGAAAAUUGAAGCAACCUGUUUCAACAAGAUAGGCCAUUGACCUGAAGUAUGAACUAAUUUCUUUUUUGCACAGAUGUUGCCUUAUCAGCUGAGUCUUUUGAGUAUUUUCAGUUUAUAUAUAGUAAAUCCGCAGCACGAUGUCCACACUAAACUGAGGUGAGAUGCUUCUUAACCUCUGUCCUCGUUCUUAACAAUGUAGUCCUUCCAAAAAGUGGCAGAAUGUGGGUGGCAUGAUGGUUCAAUGGUUAGCAAUGGUGUCUCAUAGCAUCAGGGACCUGAGUUUGAUUCUAGCCUUAGGUGUUUGUGUUGAGUUUGCACAUUCUCGUCAUAUCAAUGUGGGUUUCCUCUCACAGUCCAAUGGCAUGCAGGUUAGGGUGGAUAGACCAUGCUAAAUUGCCCCUAGUGUUCAGGGAUGUGCAGGCUCAGUGGAUUAGCCAUGAGUUACAGGCAUGGAAUGGGUCUGGAUGGUAUGCUCUUCUGAGAGUCAAUGUGGACUCGAUGGGCCAAAUGGCCUGCUUCCACACUGUAGGGAUUCUAUGAACUUUGAGAUUUGGGAAUUUACCCGGCAUUUCUCACACACUUGUUUUCAUUUUAAUGAGACGUGCCUCCCCUGAUGUCUAAAUCGUUUAGAUUUAGGAGUUCCAAAUGAUCGACAGCACUUCAAAGCUGGUGUUGCUUGCUAUCUCUAAGAAUGUUUACUGUGUCCAUUAUUAAUGAUCAAUAAAUCAAAGAUCAAAAUGAGAGUGGGGAAGAUGUGUUGUUGCCUUAUGAAGUGGGAUAUAAACAUUUCAGCUCAUAGACCAAUCCUGCUAUUUAUUUAUUCUAUGUACUUAUUGUAUUAUGUUGAAACUCUGUUUUCAAGUCAUAUUCAAUAAAGCCUUUUUCACA